CAACAGUUCAUCAACUUGACUUGUCUUGGUCUGCCCUCUCUCGCUCAUCUCUUUCCCUCCACCCUAGAUUCCUCGCGUGUCAUUGUUUUGACCAACCUUCGAUCGAGACUGCACGACCAAGAAGCUCUCAGCAGUGGAGAUGGCUUCUGAGUGGCAGGCCGCCGAUCAACCGACAUAUACAGUGCUGGUUCAAGGUAAAUGGACAUCGGCAUCGGGGAAUCUACAAUGUUGACCACUUCUUAAGAUGCUCCGAAUUUCGAUCUUCCCUCUUACAUUGCGAACUACAAAGGUACGAAAGCAACCUGCAGGCCAACACCUUCGAGCCGCCAACUGACCUUGGUCCAGGUCGGACCGUCUUUCGCCGCCUCCACCUCAUCGCGUCAUGUUCAAGUGUGUUGGCGGAAGAGGCAGCCCGAAUGGCGAUGGCCGAAGCGAAGAAAGGUGCAGAUGUCAGGAACUACAACGAGGCCGUGGCUUUAUUGAAGAAGGUGUCCGGGGGUAAGAACGUGGACGGUUUCUUGGAUCCAGUAUGGGCUGCCCAGCAGGAGAAGAAAAACGCGGCAGAGUCUGCUCGGUUGGAGAAUGAAUUGAAAGGAUACAAGAACAACUUGAUCAAAGAGAGCAUACGGAUGGGGAAUGAGGAUCUCGGAACACAUUACUACACGAUCGGAGACCUCACCAAUGCUGUCAAGGCAUACUCUCGGAUGCGAGAUUACUGUACCACCGCCAGCCACAUUGCCUCGACGGCGUUUCGGAUCAUUGCGGUGGCCAUUGAACAGAAGAAUUGGCUGGCCGUACAGUCUCAAGUGCACAAGAUUCGCAACCUACAAAUGAAGGCCGAAGAUGCGAACCGAACCUUUCCGAAAAUGCAAGCUGCCAUGGGACUUCAACAAAUGUCCAUCGGCGAAUAUCGUGAGGCGGCGCUCAGUUUCCUCAACAUCGACGCCAGUAUCUCGGACACCUACAGCGAAGUCAUCAGCAGCAACGACAUUGCCGUUUACGGUGGACUUUGUGCCUUGGCAUCCAUGGACCGUCCCGACCUCCAGGCGAGAGUGCUGGAAAACCACAGUUUUCGAAACUUUCUCGAACUCGAACCUCACAUUCGUCGAGCCAUCAACUUUUUCUGUGCGACCAAAUACAGCCAAUGUUUGGAGAUCCUGGAGUCAUACCGGGCGGACUACCUGUUGGACAUCUAUCUGCAGCCUCUGGUAUCUAACAUCUACAAGAGGAUCCGCACCAAAAGCAUCACUCAGUAUUCGGUCCCAUUCAGCAAAGUCACGCUAGCCAGCAUGGAGAAGAUGUUUGGAGAUCCUCCGUACCAGUCGACCUUCCUCGAAGAGAUUGAAGGAUUGAUCAACGACGGCAAGUUGGAUGCUCGCAUUGAUCUUGAGCACGGUACCUUGAACGCCGUUCACCAUGACGCUCGGGCCGAAGCCCAGCAAGAUGCGCUCGACACUGUGGAACGGUUCAUCCGCGAGUCCCGAAUGAAAAUGAUCAGGAUGCACAUGAUCGAUUCAGGACUUGAAGUCAAACCACCGUCGAAAAAGAAGGGGUGGGGCUCCGACCAGUCUGACGUCGUUAACUACGACGAUUUUGGCGGCGGCGGCGGUGGUGGUGGUGGCGCGUCUUCAGGGAGUCUCGUUGGUGUCGGUGCAGGUGCUGGACUGGAAUCUCGACGGAGUGGAUAGAGUCUACCUCUGAAGAGAGCUAGAUCGAGUGACGGGUCCACCUACGAUGUCCAUUGCGAUGAUCCAAGAACACCAUGAUUGACGACUCUGACGAAUGAUUGAUAACAGCCUACCUUUGUGAUAAUAGAAAUGGAGUCGAACUGGGAAAAUUCCAUUCCUAGAGGUGCAGAUUAAAGACGGCACGAGGAGUCAGAUUUUGACCACGGCGUCCCAUGUGCCCUGUCUGUCAUACUAUGCCUGGGGGCUAGCCUGCGAGUGCGACGAGGCCUCCUUGUUUUUCUCUCCCUUGUUGAUCGAGGCAACCAAUUGAACCGAGGGUUGAAGGAUAGUAGUCAAUAUCACAAUGACAAUGACAAAGACCAACGGACAAAAGUUGAACAAAGUUAUUUAGUCGUGUAGACCUUGUGAUGGGACGAUGGAAGGUUUGAGGCGGGUGAUUGAAUGAUGAUAACAUGUGAAGACCUAUCCAAAGUACUUUUGAGAUGCACAUGGGUAACGUAUACCUACCCAGGUACCUAGAGGUUUUCCACCAAUAUGGC